AUGAGCGCAAUUUCAGAAGACAAGACCAUGGAGAUGGGUCUUCUCUUGGAUGCCGAGCACAACAGAAACAGCCCCGAAAGAAUCUACAUCACCAAGCUGCGAUUCCGAAUCGUGACCGGAGUCCUCUGCCUCAUCCUGCUUGGCCUCAACGUUAUUUCUAUGAAGGAAUGGGGCCGUGUUGGCAUCGUCUACUUUGCACCUCCCGUUGCUCUCAGUCUUCUCUGGGGACUUGUCGAAGGUGUCUCCGUCUACACCCGACCUGGACGCCGGGGCAUCAACCCAGGCCUCACCGUCACCGUUGACGGCAUCCUGAUGAUUUGCUACCAUGCUGCAGCAACCACUUACGGCCUCAAGCACGGCGGAUGGGACCAGUUCUAUGCUGAGAGCUUCCCUGACUACGCAUACUGCAUGGCCCAGUAUGUUGAUAACAUGAUUCUCGCACUCUCGUCUCUCCAGAUCUUCUUCCACGUCGUCAUGUUUGUGAUUGGCUGCUUUGAGAUCACCGAGAACAAGCGCAAGAUUGCUAGAAGCUACAUCGACACGACCCGAGGCGACUUCAUGAACACCGGCAGCUACUGCCGGUACUCGGACCAGAAGUCCCACGUACGAGCGCGCUCCGUCGACUCGACCUACUCCGAUGAUGAUGACUGCAAGUCAAUUGCUUCGAGCAUCAACGAGAAGGACUUGUAA